AUGUUAUUGAAGCAAUUACAAAAUAGUAUUAACAUCAAGGUAAUUGAGGAUAAGAAAAUAGAUAGUUUCUAUCCUGAAGAACCUGCCAGUUCUAAGUUACCAGAAGAAAAAAAGAAAGAUCCGGAUUCAGAGAUACAUAUAACUUCUCUGGAUUCUACCACUUCCUUAAAUGAAAAAAAUGGACAGGGUUGUUCUCCUAUAGCAAACGAGCAAGGUUUGAGACAUGAGCUAUCUGCUUAUAUAGAAGGGAAGAAAGGUUUGCUUAAACAAACUGGAGAGGUUAUUCCGCAAUCAGAUAAAGCAUUUGAUAUUGAGAUUUCUGAAUUCUUUUUAGAAGUGAUUCUAACAGGAUCUAGUAAAGUUACAGUGCAAAAUAUAGUUGAUCUAUUUAGGGUAGCAAUAAAAACCAGACAAAAGGAAAUCUUAUGCUAG